GGUAACGGGUAUAGGUUCAAUACGGGUAAGUGUGGUUGCGGGUUAAGUGUGUAUAAUUUGCUACUUGCGUGCUAAUGGCAAAUGUAUGACCUCGCCAACACUAAUAUUAUACGUCAAAAAAAAUAUGGAAAGAGAAAUAUAUUUUUAAUCAAUAAUGACAAUAAAGAAAAUACGUUUUAAAUAAUACAAUUUCAGUGCCAAAUUAGUAAGAAUAAUCUUCUUCUUCUUCGCGUUGUCCCGGCAUAUUGCCACGGCUCAUGGGAGCCUGGGGUCCGCUUGACAACUAAUCCCAAGAUUUGGCGUAGGCACCAGUUUUUACGAAAGCGACUGCCAUCUGAUCUUCCAACCCAGAGGGUAAACUAGGCCUUGUUGGGAUUAGUCCGGUUUCCUCACGAUGUUUUCCUUCACCGAAAAGCGACUGGUAAAUAUCAAAUGAUAUUUCCUACAUAAGUUCCGAAAAACUCAUUGGUACGAGCCGGGGUUUGAACCCGCGACCUCCGGAUUGCAAGUCGCACGCUCUUACCGCUAGGCCACCAGCGUUUCAAAUACGGCACAUGGGUAUAGGUUAAUAAUACGGGGAAGUGUGGUUGCUGGUUAAGUGUGUAUAAUUUGCUACUUGCGUGGUAGUGGCAAAUGUGUGGCUUCGCAAUAUUCGUACUAAUUUAUUUCGUAAAUGCACACAAACAUUACACGUAAUUUUUUUUUCUGUUUCAUACAUUUUAGCUGGUCUGACGUCGUUGACAUUUCAUGUCACUAUAAUUAUGAUGUUACUAUAAUGUUGUACUGACUUGUAAAAGAGCCCUUGAGGCUUACUUGCAGCAUAAAUUGUUAAAUUAUGAAUUUUUGACUUUUUCUAUAUUCAAUUUUUUUUUCGCGAUUUCGGGGUUGACCUCUUAAUAAAAGUUGCUGUGAAAAUGAUUGUAGGUGACUAAAUGAACAACCUGUAUAAUCGUUACCAUGUUGUUGCAGGUGCCGUGCCGUGUAGAGCUGCGAGCCAAGUGCGCGAGUGAGUUAGUGUAGUGAACGGGCAUGUGGCGGUGAAGCGAUGCGCGACCGGUGCCGCGCCGCGGCGCUCGCGCUGCUGCUCCUGACGCACUUCUCUCCAGUGACAAGUGACGUCGCCGGCGGCGCGCCGAUCAACUCACUCCCGGGAGGCGGCGCCGCGCGCCUUGCGCCGUCCUUUGACGCCGCCACGCCGAGAAACGUCACAGCACUAGUGGGCAAGUCGGCGUACCUGAGCUGCCGCGUGCGCAACCUUGGGAAUAGAACGGUAUCCUGGAUCCGUCACCGGGAUCUCCACAUCCUGACCGUCGGCGGCUACACCUACACCUCCGACCAACGGUUCCAAGCUACUCACUCGCCGCAGACUGACGACUGGACGCUACACAUCAAGUGGGCUCAGCAGCGCGACGCUGGCGUCUACGAAUGUCAGGUGUCGACGCAGCCUGUGCGGUCCUUCUUCGUGACGCUGCACGUUGUUGAUUGCGACGAAAUCUACCAGCGGAUGUUCUCUGACGCAGUACCAUCAGCACGGAUCCUCGGCGGGCCGGACCUGCACGUGGACAUGGGAUCCACUAUCAACCUGACCUGCCUCAUUCAGUUCAGUCCUGAACCACCCGCCUACAUCUUCUGGUACCACGAGGACGAGGUCAUAUCGUACGACUCGUCCCGCGGCGGCGUCUCCGUGGUGACUGAGAAGGGGGCGGCCACCACCAGCUAUCUUCUGGUGCAGGAUGCAGCCCCGGCUGACUCUGGCCGGUAUUCCUGCUCCCCUUCCAACGCUGAGGUCGCUUCAGUGCGUGUACAUGUGCUCAAUGGCGAACGGCCAGCAGCAAUGCAGACAGGCUCGGCCGGUCUCUCCAACAGCUCGCACUGCAUCGCGGCGCUGCUGGCGCUGGCGGCGCUGCACGCGCGCUGGCUCCGCGCGCGUCUCGACAGCUGAUCACCGCGCGGCUGAGCUCGGCCGUUGUAAUAUAAAACGUCAUUGUAAAAAGCAUAGGUUAGCGUCUGCUGAAUUUUAGGUUAAGACUUGGAUAUGUGGUUUAAAACCUCAUUUUUGCACGCGUGACAAAGGUGGUAUCUGAAAGAGUGAGCCACAUUUGGAAGUUUGUCAUGAAAGCAUUAUUUACGUCUUGAAUGAGAAUUCUACUUCUGCAGAUGGAAGGUUAUGAUGGCUGCUGGCGCAAGUGGCGCUACAUGAAGCGCCGCUUAGCCCAUCCGUUAUAUUUUAAAUCACCAUUGUAUAAAGCAUAAGAUAGUGUCUGCUGGACUUUAGGUUAAUGUCUCUGGAAAUUUAGAAUCAAUACUCGUUUCAAUUGAAAUUCUGUGUAAGUUCAACACUUGAAAUGGAAAAGGCAAAUAAGUUUGGCAAGAAAACAUUGUGAAGAGAAAAUUUACGUCUGAAGAUGAUUUAUGGCUAUAAUGAUGUUGAUUUGUUUUGUUUUCAAAAAGGUCAUAGUAAACAAAUGAUGAGUCGAAGGUUUUAAUUUCAAUAGGUACAAGAGUUCGUAUAAUUAGUGUUAUUUUAGCUUUACAUAAUGGUCUUAACUGUUACUAAGAGGCACCAAAUUAUUUAAAGAUUAUUGUAGUUAUUUUAAAAAUAUUUUAUGAUGUUCUAUUAUAUUUAUUUAUAAUCUUGCAAAUUACCAAUUUUUUUUAAUAUGUCUGCAUUAAAACGUGAAUCCCCCCUUUAUUAGUCGCCACCGCGAACAGUUUUUCUGAAAAUAAUAAUGAAUUUAAUAAAAUAUUUUCCAGUGGUUAUUGUCAAAAGCAGACGAUAGUGUAGGAGUUAAAAAUAAAAGCCAAGCAAAUAUAUUAUUAUUAAAUUCACUGACGCUACGCACGCCACCGUGGCGUUUUACUAAAAUUUUAACAACGCUCAUAUUAUAUUAUCAUUAUAUCAUUAACUGAAUUGCAUGUCAUUAAAGGCAAACACCAAAUAAUCGAAGGUUCUAAUCUGUAGCUAAUCGAUUAAGGUUCAUCUACAGUGUAGUUAACUCUUUGUGGACCAACACGGUAACAUUAGGUAACUUAUCGAGUUACUUGCUACACAAAAGUUAACUGCGGUAUGGACGCACAUUUAGCAACGUUUCUUUUUGUUCUUGUUUCUUGUCUUUUGGACGAAAUGUGUCGUGCCGAGCCAUGUCCGUGUAUCGUCUCAAGACCGAAUUUAUUCUUUAUAACCACUGUUUUGUAGUAAGUUAAAAAUCUUCAGAUCAGUAAUCCUUUAGGUAUUCCUUUAGAGCUUCAUUACUCCAGCGAUAGGAGUAUCUCAGCCAGAUAUACGUUUUCCACUCAGCUGCCUCACGUACGCUUAUCUGGAAGCUCGAUUGUCUCCUAUCCUCAUCAUGCAUCCAACCCUACGGAGUUAUGUAUUAGGACUGUUUGAUGCACGUGGCAUUUAAAUACUUAAUUACUUACUGCUGUGUUACCCGAAUUGGAUCUUGCCCUCCGACACCAAAGACUCGUCCUUUUCUGUUCAAAGUCGCUUUUGUCCGAUCGACGGCGCCGAGUUCGCUAAGAUCUUUUUGCACUUCGCCUCUCCAGCUCUAAUAUCGCUCUUAUAUCUACGACGUCCAGGUCUGGAACUAUUAAAUGCUAGACAAUAUUAAAAGAAAAAGUACAUACUUAUAUUUAAGUAAAAGCUUUUCAUAAAAAUGCAGGAUAAACACAAAAGUUCACUCUUAUGGACGUAUUUUAUGUAAUGGGAUUAAAAAGGAUUUUCAUCCUUGGUAAUUUGAAAAUCACUCGUAUAUCGCAGUCCCAGCAAUUUUCCAAUUAACUUUAGUUGCUGCAACUCUUAAUAAGAGCUCAUAAAUCGAAGGAUAAAUUGAAUUCAUUCACGUGCUGUA